AUGCUGAAUGAGACCGACGCCAACACCCACCUCAUCUUUGAGAUCUUCUUCAUGGGCAAGGAUGGUUUACCAGCCGUGCAACAUUCCCAGAGGAGUCUGCUGGUAAGCAAGGCAUCCCAGGGCUUCCGCUUUGAUGCCUGGUGGCGCUUCGUCAAGCUGAGUGAACUUGACUCUCGCUAUGUGGUUACAUUCAUAUGUGGCCUCAUCAUUCUGCGCAACCACAACGAACCUAUUGCAGUGCCACCUUCCAACCUGGGGAACCAACUCGGCAUCAUGGUGGGCAGCGCCAAUGGCUCGGACAUCUCCUUCUCUAGUUCCAUCCCGUGCGUCAUGCUGGAUGACCUGGAGCUGGCGACGUUCAGAGCACUAUUGCAUUUCAUAUACAUCGACGCCUUGCUGCUAUGA